UUUCGGCCAAGUUGUCGGCAAGAGGAAAUUCUGCAAGUCAUGGUGGGCCAUUCAAAGCGAGAGGGGAGUGACAACCAUACAGAUAUCUGAGGGGAUAAGUGCGUGGUUAGCUGGAAGUGACUAAUGACAGUGGUUGUGAAUGCAUAUGGAUGUAUUCGGAGUCAUUUGUCAGUAAACUCAUUCUGAGAAAAACUCAUGCUUGCAGAUAUAAGCUGGAUAUCAUUUGGGGCGAAAAAGCGUUUAUCAAAAACAAAAGUAGAUUCAACUUUAGUUGUAUUUAAUUAAAAGCACAUGACUGUGGAACAAAGCGAGCAUCCUUUUAUGUCGUGUCUGCUUUUGAUUUUCUAUUAUAUACAAGGUUAAACGUAAACUAAAUUGCUUUGACGUUUGUUUGCGUUAUUUGUUUUUCUUUUUUUGCUUUUUAGUUCCUUUUUGAGUUUUUUCUUUUUUUUGUUCCUUUGCAAAGAAAUGCUUUACUUGAAAAAGUACUUCACAGAGGGUCUUAUUCAGUUCACUAUCCUCCUGAGUCUGAUUGGGGUACGGGUGGACUUGGACACUUACUUAAACAAUCAGCUCCCUCCGCUCCGUGAGAUCAUCCUGGGCCCCAGCUCGGCCUACACCCAGACGCAGUUUCACAAUCUCCGCAACACCCUGGACGGCUAUGGCAUCCAUCCUAAAAGUGUGGACCUGGACCAUUUUUUUGCCACUCGUCGGCUAUUGAACCAGGUGCGUUCCCUGGAUCAUCUGCGCGUGCCUAGCACGGAGCUGAGUGCCUGGCUGGUGCAUCGUGACCCUGAGACUGUGGUUUCGGCAACCAGUCAGUCCGGCCCCAGCAUUGCCCUGGACAAUGGGGGCAGCCUGGAGGACGUGAACAACUCUGAAGCCUCGGCCAUGAGAGGGGCUGGCGGUACUUCUGAGACCACUUACAGCCUCAGUGGAGAGGACAGCCUGGGAGCCGUGGCCCCUGAGGACAGCCAGGAGCAAGGGGAGAGAGAGAGCAGCGACGACCUCUCCAAAGAGGACAUUGACCUCAUAGACAUCCUUUGGAGGCAGGAUAUUGACCUUGGUGCUGACCGAGAAGUAUUUAACUUUAGCAGUCGCCAGAAGGAGAGUGAGGCUGAUAAGCCUAAUGAAGAGAAUGAAGAGGCAGGUGGAAGAGAGGAAAGCUGGAGAAAUGGACUUAAUCUCCGAGCAGUGCAGAGCCUAACUCCUGUUGAUGGAGAGACAGGAGAGAGCAUACCUGAGGAGCUUACCAGUCUCGGUGCUCAGACUUCGUUAUCCCUGCAAGAAUGUCUGAGGCUUCUGGAGGCAACUUUUCCAUUUGGAGAAGAGCCAGAGUUCCAGGCCACUGGACCCACCUCACAGCUGAGAGCUACAACUGAAGAAACGCCUUCGACGUCACAAGGGAUUCCUCUACAACCCACACUGUCGCAGUCUGAUACGCCACUAGAUCUGGAGCAGCAGUGGCAGGACAUUAUGUCCAUAAUGGAACUGCAGGACAUGGAGGUGAACAAUACGGCAGUAAAUGCCACCAUAAAUAAUGACCCCAAUAACAACAACAAUGCCAGCACCACAGAAUCAGCAACAGUAGGAAAUUUUGGCCUCCCACGUUCCACUCUCAUUAACCAGGAUGUAAGUCUCCAGCAGGCAUUACUUCCCAGCUGUGGCCAGGACUUUCCCACAGUCUUCAACCCAGAGUUGGGCGGACAGCGGCCUACCUUAGUCAGGCUCUCUUCCAGCAACUCCUCCAACAUCAAUUCAACAUUUGGAGCAACUAACUUGACUGGACUUUUCUUCCCACCACCUUUAAACAGUACAACCAAUGUAACCACUACUCCGGUGCUGCCAGAUCCUUUCACUAGCAUGCUGGAAGAAUCAAUGCUUGAUGAAAUUAGCCUGCUAGACCUUGCGAUGGAAGAGGGCUUCAGCCAAGCCCAGGCUUCUCAGCUCGAGGAUGAGCUUGAUUCAGACUCAGGUCUUUCUUUGGAUUCCAGCCAUAGCCCAGCCUCUCCCAGCAACUCUGAGACUUCCUGCUCAUCAGCCGCGUCAUCUUCAUCCACUUCUGCUACAUUUUCCGAGGAAGGAGCCGUGGGCUACAGCACCGAUUCCGAAGCAGCCACAGCAGAAGCGGAGGAAGGAGCCGUCGGAGGAUACCAGCCAGAGUAUAGCAAACUGUGCCGCAUGAGCUACCAAGACCCUUCUCAAUUCCAUGGCGCACCACAGUUGGAUAGUGUCAAUCACAACCACACCUACAAUCUACCGCUGGCAUCAUCCUACUCGGAGCGUUCUCAGCUGUCCACAUCCAGCAGCAAGAAAGGCAGAGACAAGCAAAUGCAGCAGACGAAGCUCCAGCCCCCUCAAGACUGCAUUGACAGGCAGUCGAGCCGUGAUGAGCGUAGGGCAAGGGCCAUGGACAUCCCGUUCUCCAAUGAAAAGAUCAUCAACCUACCCGUUGAGGAGUUCAACGAGCUUCUGGCCAAGCACCAUCUCAAUGAGGACCAACUGUCCCUCAUACGGGACAUCCGCCGCCGUGGAAAGAACAAAAUGGCAGCACAGAACUGCCGUAAGCGCAAGCUAGAUACAAUCCUGAACCUUGAGCAAGGUGUGCAAGACCUGCACCGUGAGAAGUCUCAACUACUGAAGGAGAAGAUAGAGUACAUGAAAUGCAUCAGACAGACAAAGCAAAAGGUUCAGAGUCUUUCCCAGGAAUUGUUCGCACAACUGCGGGACGAGGAAGGCAGACCCUACUCGGCCAACGAGUACAGUCUACAGUUUGGGCCGGACGGCGUUGUCCUCAUGCCUCGUAACAUGAGCACAGAACAAAGCAACAAGCCUGACAAAAAGCAGAAGGACAAAAAGAAGUGAGGAGCGCGAACUGCUGCCCUUUUAGUUUUCGCAAAGGCACUUUCCAUAAAAGUAUUUCGAAAGGCGAAGGAAGCCUUUUUCUUUGAAGCGAUUCUAGCAAGGAGACGUAAAUUGCAUCAUUGAUUACUCUUCCUGCAUUGGGUUUUCUUUGUUCCUUUUCGGUUCCGAAGUUUUCUCCUCAAAGCGGCAUUAAAGCAGACGUGCUUUAUGUAUUAAAGACCUCUCACUGAUUUACUUAAGGAUGGGAUACUUUCAGAUGCUAACUGAAAGAACUGUUCAGAAACGGGAAGUCAAGGAGGACGCCAGCAAAACGUUCUUAAUUGAAAGAACUGUUUGGUAAUGCUCCCAAAAGUGUAGUUGAUGACAAUACAUCACUAAGAUGACGUUGACCACGAGGAUUCAAAAAUUGUUACAUUUUCAGCAUUAACCUAUGCUGUGUGUGUGUAUGUGUGUGUGUGUGAGUGAGCACAUACCCUGGGAUUUCAUUGGUGGGUAAGAACGAACCGCUGGCAGAAAAGGAGUCUACUGAAUGCUAGAAGUGAAGCCAAAAGAAACUACAGGCAUGCCAAUACUAACCAAAGGUUGUGUUGUGCAAUUCUCUUGUCACCAUACUCAAUCAUCCAGGUCAUUCCGUGGAUCUUAAGUCACAAUUUCACUUGGAAAAAAAGACCUGAAUCUGUCCGUUACUCUUACUGGACCGCAAACUCACCUGAAAUUUCUCUGGAGGGUCAAUACAAAUUGCCAAGGAAUUUGGGUGGUGCAAAAAACGAGAUUGAAUUUAGCUUGAGCAAAAGCAUUGGAGGUACAGAUUGAGGAUGGAUACACACUGCAUUAAAAAAUAAAUCAGCUUCUGUACCCUUUCAGCACUGUAAAUCAACACUGUAGUAAGCUUUUUUCCUCUUCUGCUGGGGAAAGGGGUGUCUCAGGCCCUGCUCCCAGCUUUUAAUGUUACUCUCCCAUUGUGCAUAAACUUUUUAAUAAGCCAUCAAACAUGGAUUUCUGAGUGGCACCAGUGCAGUUUGAAUCAUGUGUCUUGGUAUAUAGGAUUAACUGGAACUGGAGUCAUUUGCUUUUGAAGUUCGAGUUUAGCCUUUGUUGCGGGUCUAAACGUGCCGUUGCACCUUGCGCCGAUGACUUUUUUCAGUUCUAAAUGAAGGAACAUUGCAAAAUGUUUUGGUUGCAGUCGUACUGUAAAAAAAACAAUAUGAAAAAAUGCUCACCGUAUAAAAAUACAAUUAUUUAAAGACACUGGUUAUAUUCAGGGUGUGUUCACACUUGUAGUUCGGUUUGUUUAGCCGGGACCAAAUUUGGUCCUGGUUGGAAUAGCAUUCACACUGUCGUUAUUCAAAAGUCUGAAUCUAAAGAAAAGAAAACCUCAAACUCUUAUUCAUUGCUGUGAGCAGGAGCUUGUGAAGAGUUUAUAAAACGAGUAUAGGCAUAUGUAACGUCAACAUCACCAGGAAUUUCUGUCAUACACAAAGAAAGAUUUGCCGGAUUUUUGUCGCCUGUAUUACACUAAGCAACAUCUAUGAGAAAUGCAAGAUAUGCUUGAAUAUCCGCAGUUUUUUUGUGGUCGCAUCUUGUGAUUUCAUAUCCUGUCUUUUGGUUCAUUGAGAAGAUUUUCAUCCAUGUUGAGUUCAUAUUUCAGACAAACCAUAUGCCAGAGUUUGUAUGGAGGUGGAUCUUUUAACUGGUCUAUUUUUGUUCGGUUCUGACUGCAGUGUAUACUCAAACUCAAAUGAACCACGCUAGCAGAGCAAUUGCUCCAGAAUUUAGAAACGAACCAAACAUGCUAAGUGUGAACACACCCUUAAAUUGAAAUUCUCAUUAUCUGGGUCAACGUCUUAGCUUUGUUGUGACGUGAACCAGAUUAUUUUUAUUUUACUGAAUACACUACUCUUCAAAAAAAGAAAAAAAAAGUACCUUUGUUGCUAAUUACGUGAAGCCACGAAUGGUUUCCUGGCAAAUUAAAGCAAUUUAGCUUGUGCCAAUAACCAACUGGAUCGUGCUUUACUGCAGCCUAAGGAUAUAGCUGACCUUAUACACUGACAUAUCAAUGAAUGGAUAGAAAAAAAACAGUAACGCUGAAGUGAAUGUCUGAUUUACAUAAUGUUAAUCUUCAUCCUCCUCUGUCAGUCCCUGUCGUUUCCAUUUACACUUCAUAUAGUACCACGUGACGCGGUCAGUGUCCGUUUUGGUGCGACAUGAAUAAAUAUGCAAGAAAAGGUCAUUUUUAUUUAAUAAUUGUGUCUCCGAAAUGGAUGAAGAGACAAUCUUUACGUUUCUGGUUACAAAUACUUAGUGUAGUUGGGGUAGAGCUAAAGAAAAAGACGAGUGAUUCAUUCACUUAGAUGAACGUUUGAAUCCCCGUUAUAAUGUUAUAACUACUUGCCAUGAAGCACUGUUGUUUCUUUUUGUUUGUCUUGUUGGGUUGUAAAUAUUUUUGUGUUCUGUACGUCUCUUGUCCUAACUGCUUGGUUUAGCCAGGCCAUUUUGCACCUUCUUUGAAUUUGCCUGUUCAGAGUAUUCCUAUAUGAUUUAUGUUGAGAGAUUUGCUGGCAAUCUGGAAUUGUUCUUUUAUUAAUUAUAAUAAACUUUUGUUUCAUUUC